AUGAACACUGAAAGUACACAUUUCCAAGUAACUGAGAGACAUUCUUUUAUUCCUAUUCUCAGGCCAAGAUCAGUGAUACCACAGUCAAGAUUCUUCAGUCCGUUUGUAGUAGCCUUCAUUGUCAUAGCAACAGUCCUGCUCCUGGCUAUGACUGUUGGUCUACUCAUUCACUUUUUAGCUUUUGACAAGAGAACUUACUUUUACCAUAGCAGCUUUCAAAUCCUAAAUGUUGAAUACACCGAGGCUUUAAAUUCACCAGCAACACAGGAAUACAGGCAUUUGAGUGAAAGAAUUGAGUCUAUGAUUACUGAUGCAUUCCGACAAUCAAAUUUAAAAAGUGAGUUUAUCAGAACACAUGUUGUCAAACUGAGGAAUGAAGGUAAUGGUGUAAUCGCAGAUGCUGUCAUGAAAUUUCGAUCUAGUAAACGUAGCAAUAGAAGAUCCAUGAAAAGCAGAAUUCAAUCUGUGCUACGAGCACUGAGCAACUCUGGAAACUUGGAAAUAACCCCUUCAAAUGAGAUAACAUCGCUCACUGACCAGGAUACAGAAAAUUUUUUGACUCAAGAAUGUGGAGCCCGUCCAGACCUUAUAACACUGUCAGAAGAGAGAAUCAUUGGAGGCACUCUAGCCGAGACAGGUGACUGGCCCUGGCAAGUCAGUCUACAGCUCAAUAAUGUCCACCACUGUGGAGGUAUCCUGAUCAGUAACUCGUGGGUCCUGACAGCAGCUCACUGCUUCAGAAGCUACUCUAAUCCUCUGCAAUGGACUGCCACCUUUGGUGUUUCUACAAUACGUCCUCUCUUAAGAGUGAGAGUAAGGGCUAUUAUAGCCCAUAACAAUUACAGACCCACAACUCGUGAUAAUGAUAUUGCAGUUAUACAACUUGAAAGACCUAUCACCUUUAGCAGAAAUAUCCAUAGGGUGUGUCUCCCAGCUCCAACCCAAAGUAUCAUACCUGGUUCUGUUGCAUAUGUCACAGGAUGGGGAUCACUCACCUAUGGAGGCAACACAGUCACAGACCUACGGCAAGGACAGGUCAGAAUAAUAAGUACAGAUGUUUGCAAUGAACCAGCUGGUUACAGUGGAAGCGUCUUGCCUGGAAUGCUCUGUGCUGGAGUGCCUUCAGGUGCAGUGGAUGCAUGCCAGGGUGAUUCUGGUGGCCCACUAGUACAAGAAGACUCACGGCGGCUUUGGUUUGUGGUGGGGAUUGUGAGCUGGGGAUAUCAGUGCGGCCUGCCAAAUAAGCCAGGCGUAUAUACCCGAGUGACAACCUACCGCGACUGGAUCAGACAGCAGACUGGGAUCUAGUGCAGCAAAGGCAAAGGUUCUGUGCCACACGUAGGCAAGUGUGCCUGACUCAGAUGUCACAGCUUUGCUUUUCAACUGCAAAGGAAACGGGAAAUGUCUCCCUUCAACAUCCUAGUCUAUAAAUAUGCCUUAACAAACAGUAUUCAACAUUUCUUUGUCAGUAUGGAAUUUUACUUUCUCAAGAAAAACCAUGUGAACAUUGCAUUGUUUUGUGGCUAAACAGGAGAGGAAAUAAUGUUAAACUAGUUAUAGGAUUAAUGAUUUUGCUACAGGAACGAUAAGCUGUAGUAGUGAGAAAGUGGAUGCCUUGAGUAGAGGAACCUGGACAAGGAAGAAGAGUCAGGGGAGUUCUCUGAUGACAUCUCAUUGAAGCUGGUAGUACGUAGAAAGUAGGAUUGUGUGAAAUAAGUCAGAGCAUAUUAUGAAUAGAAUAGCCGUGUUAGGAUAGAAAAACAGUAUUUAGAAUGUCUGGAAAGUCAAUAUUUUAUAGAAAAAGUUAGUCCUAAAAAUAAAUUUUGAAGCCACUGUACAAAAAUUGUAAAACCUGUAGCUAACCCAAUUAUUUGACAAGAUUACGUUCCUAUACAGAUCUCCCAAGAUGUUCUUGGGUAUUGACCAUCAGAGCUAAAACAGUUGUUUUCAAGUGAAACUAACAGACUUAUAAGUAGUUUCAAUGACGAAAUUUAAUUUUAAAUGUUUUAUCUACAUAGAGAAGAGGACAUAUCUCCUUCAUGGAGAAGCUCAGCGAUGAAUCCACACAGCCUGUUCUCAGCUAUCUUUGCAACCACAAGGCUUGUUGGGAAGAAAAUCCU